CCUUGCCAUUGCCUCCUCCCCCUCGGUAAAAGGAGUCAGACUACCGACGAGUUGUACUGAUCUCCGAGUGGCAGAAAGAGACGAGCCACGCAUCCCGUCGGAGAAUUCUCCACAUUGACAAUUAUCAUGGUUCUAAAAAUAAUGCCGAUUCUGUGGGCAGCUGUGGUAAUUAUUGCACCUCAGCCUCUGUGUGACCCCUUGACUCAGUACGGACUUAAUGGAAAGUGUUGCCAAAUGUGUCCUCCAGGCACUAGCAUGUCUGACUUGGGCACAUGCACAACUCCUCAGUGCCUCCAAUGUGACGAGGACGAGUAUCAAGACACAUACACGACGGACACAAAGUGUAAACGUCAGCCGUACUGCGACCCAAACAAAAACUUUCAGAUUUCGGUGCAGACGAGCAAAACCCAGAAAAACACCUGCACGUGUAAACUUGGAUCCCAUUGUUCCAGUAAAGCGUGUUUCACCUGUGUACCUCACAGGCGUUGUGAGCCCGGAUGGGGGGUGCUAUUUAAAGGAAACCAUACUCAUGACACGGUGUGCCAUAAAUGUCCUGAUGGCACAUUCUCCAGCCAGACCUCAUGGGACAGCGAAUGUUGGAUAUGGACCAAGUGCGAGAGCGGUUAUGUGAUCAUGCAAAGCGGAUCGGCCCAAUCUGAUGUUGUGUGUGAGAAGAACCAGCGGACACACAUAGUCAUCGCCUGUCUUUUGGUACCUUUGAUCGGGAUUAUGCUAUUGGCUGUAAUGAAGAUUUGGCACACAAAACGUAGACAAAAAGAUUUCAAAGGAAAGGGCUGCAAUGAGGCGUGCGUGCAGCAUGACAAAGAGGUGUUACUAAUCCCUAACGGCAUCCAUGAAGCGCCCAUGUCGCCUGGAGUGCAGGUGUCGCUGGCAGACAGCAGCAGCGCGGGGGAACCCGAAGAGAACGAGGACGGUCCCGGUCUACCGGUCCUGGGAGAUGUACUCUUAAGCGAUAAAGGCAAUUUCGUGACGCAGGAGAACGGAAAAGCGGAAGUGCUAUCCCGUCAAGAAUCACAAAGCAGGACUGAGACCAGUGGAUUGUCUAUUUGAGAUCUUUGCUGAAUGGCGGUUACUUGUUUCUGCACAUGCUUGACAGACACCUAUGUCACCUUUAUCUAUCAAAUGCAUUCACUCCCAGAUUGCAUCACACUCUUUCAGAGCUAAAAUCAAAGAUGUGGAGUUUAAUGCCUGACAUGAGUGUGUGGACUCAUAGUUUAACACAGUUUUACACUUUGCAGACUGAACUAAUUAUCUGUCAACAGGAUUGUGAAAUAUUUGAUGCAAUAUCCUGUUUUCAGUUGUUAAAGGCAAAGGUGAGAAAAACUUAUUUGCUAAUUUUGCAGAGUCUCUAAUUUAUUUGUUCACUUUUGUGAGAGUUACAUGUGGUAAAGUGUUAUCUUGUGUGUUAGUCUUGGUGCUGAACUCUACAAUAAAUGUUGUGUUUAUCUGUA